AUGGAGGACAUAUUUCGAGAGCUCAUUGUACACAUAAAAGAGAGCAUUAAUGAUAAGAAUGCCGUAUCUCUAGAGAACAUAACAGAAGAAACAGUGAAAGACGGGAUAAUAGAUCUUUUUAAAAAGGGACAGAUCGACAAUGUUGGAGAGUAUUUCAGGAAGUAUAGAAAGAUAGAAAGCAUCAUAAGAGACUGCCCCGUCUCCUGCCUCCUUCUGGACCAGAAGAUGGCAAAGUACAAAAGCGCGGUGAGAUCAGACUACAGGAGAAUAUUCAGGACAAAGGGACACUUUACAAAAGUUCUCUGCAUGAUGUUUGACAGGAGUGAGUCCUUCAUAUUCACAGGAGGCGAGGACGGGAUUAUAAAGAUAUGGGAUGUAUAUUCAGGAAGGAUGGUUAGCUCGCUGAACGGCCAUUUGUCUCCUAUUUUUGAUUUUGUGAUUGACUACAAAAACAAGUAUCUUUUGUCGUGCGAUCAGUCAGGGACAGUGGUGUGCUGGGACAUUGAAGGGCUUAGAAAGGUGAGCUCAGUCUCAAUAGGCGAGCAGAUAGACUACCUCGAUGUGAUAUACGAAGAGAAAGAGGCAGAGCCGCUGGAGCAGAAAAAAACAAAAGGAUCCAAAGAAAAAAGCAAAACAGAGCUGAUGAAGGGGAUGAUAAUAACAAACUCAGGAAAAAUACUGAAAAUAACGGUGGGAAGCACAAUAGAGGUAGAAACAGUGCUGGAUGAGAUAGAAGAGGGGUCUUUCACAGGCGCAGCUACAACAAGAGGGAAAAAGAUGGUUAUUAUCACAGGCAUGUGGCCGUUCUCUCUACUUCUCGACGUAAAUGACUUGGACAACAGAUUCUAUGUGAUUGAUACGGACGAUCUCCUUACAUCGUCAAUUGACAUCUCUCAUAACUCGCUGAAAUUUGCCAUCAGUACGUACUCUUCCUCUCUGAUUGUCUGGGAGUACAGCAUGGACAAAAAGCCAACAAAGUCAAAUAUCCAGACAAGAAAAAGAUUCAAAGGCAGAGACUUAGAAGGGUGCUGGAACAAAAGCACAAUUGAGCUGGAGGGAAUGUCGCAGGCAGGCAUCUACAACACAGACAUAAUAUACCUAACAGAUGAUGUAACGGUUGUAGCUGUAGACACAGAGUCAAACAUAAGAAUAAUAAACAUCGAAACAAAAAAGGUAAUUCUCAUAGAAAAAGAGUACAAAAUAACGGGGAUAAUAGCGCACCCAGCCAAAAACAUGUUCCUGACAGUUGAAGUGAACGGGAUCAUAAAAGUGAUCGAUGGAGAGGGGAAGAUUCUGAACAGAAUAUCCACAGACGUGGCAGUAGCUGGAACAAUAGUAAUGGACUCUACAGGAACAUUCUUUUACAUCGCUGACCUUGAUGGAUACAUCUACAAAUACAGCACGCUCCAUGAAGAAGUAGCAGUUCCAGAGACAGAGUAUGUUCUGGAAGAUUUUAAGCACUAUCACUCAUACAACGAAGAGCAGAUGCAAGGGCUGAGCAGAGGAGACGGAGAAGACACAGAAGGGAUGCACAGAGCGUACGAAGAAAGAAACAACAUCAUUGACCAAAUACUAAAAAUUUGCACUAAGAACGACAAAAAUAGCAGCAAUGAUGCAGCCAGUGAAACAAAAAACAAAAAAUACUCAGCACUGGGCGAGCCAUUAGAAGGCGCAGUAAUGGAUGAUUCCGUGCCAUUGUAUGGACAGACAGUGGACAAGUGGAUACGCAGCGUGGAGAUAGCAAGUAUCCUGCAGCUGCAGUCCGAAAUGAUCACAAGAAAAGUCUUUGAAAAAGAGUUUAAAAGGGCAAGCCAGAACAUAAUAGUGCCAGAGUCGGAAGAAGAAGAAACGCUAUCAGAAGAGAAUGAAGACAGUUCGUCUGAAUGGCCGAUAGAAUUAUCAGACAACUCGCUGGGCACAGACACAGAGUCCGCAGAAAGUGCGAUUUCAGAAGAUUUAUCUGAUGGCGGCACCUACGAUCCAGAGGAGACGAGUGCAGACUCAGACUCAGAGUAUAGUGAAGUGUCUGAAGGGACAGAAGAGAGCGAAAGCUCGGAAGACAGCUCAGUUAAGAUCCUUAGCAAGAGGAGAGGGCGCAGACAGGCAGCUAGAAAGGCAAUAUGCCCAGAUGACAACACAAUCUACGCCUGGUACAUGAACGACAUGCCAGCAUUUCCGAUACUGCCACAGGUGCAAGAUGAACUGGUUCUCGUGAGAGAGAGAAUACGAAGCAGACAGCUAAAAAGCCAAAUGAAAGAAGAGUAUGUAGAUAUAGUAGUGGCAAGCGUGGAGUGUUUAAAGACAGAAGUGAGAAUUGAAUUUACAACAGAAAAAACUGACCAAAAAUACAAAAUGAUCUACAACGAAGACCAGGCAAAAACAAGUCCGUUCGUACUCAAGAGCCAUCAGGCGGAAGUAGAAAAAAAGAGAUACAGAAAGAACGAUGAGAUAUACUUCUAUGCUGAAGGAGUGCUAAGCAAGGGAACGGUCGUAAAAAAGACAAAAGACACAGUGGAAGUGAAAACAGGCAGAAACAGGACGAAAAGUGUACAUAUUUAUGAUAUAUACGCGCCAAUAGUAAAUUACUCGAUAGACUUGUCUAAGUACCUAGAUGCUCUGCUGGGGUAUAAAGAAGACUAUCUGGUGUUCUACAGAGAUGUAUCAAAGACCGAGUAUCCUGACUACUACGAAAUGAUAGACAAGCCGAUGACAGGAAACAAAAUAAUCAAAAGAAUAAAAAAUAAGUACUACAGAACAAAAGAAGAGCUGGCCAGCGAUGUAAAUCUGAUCCUGAGCAACUGCUGCAAGUACAACGAAGAAGAGUCAGAAAUAGCAGCAGAGUGCACGGAGUUCACAGAUGCGCUGCUAGAAGAGAUAGAGGAAUAG